UGGCUGCAACCUGACCUCCACACACAGUUGACUGGCCGAGCUCUGACUCUGAGCUUAGCAUGGCCAUGGAAGCGGCGCUCGUCAGCGUGGCGACGGGCGCCCUCAAACCCGUCCUGGGCAAGCUGGCCCUUCUGCUAGGCAAUGAGUACAGGACGUUCAAGGCUGUGCGCAAGGAGAUCAAGUCACUCACUCAUGAGCUCGCUGCCAUGGAUGCUUUUCUCACGAAGAUGUCCGAGGUGGAGGAUCCCGAUGUGCAGGAUAAAGUUUGGAUGAACGAGGUGCGGGAGCUGUCCUAUGAUAUCGAGGAUGCCAUCGACGACUUCAUGCAAAGCAUCGGUGACAAAGACGAAAAGCCAGAUGAUUUCAUUGAGAAGAUCAAGAACUCACUAGAGAAGUUGGGGAAGAUGAAGGCUCGUCGUCGGAUCAGCACGGAGAUCCAAGAUCUGAAGAAACAAAUCAUUGAGGUGGGCGACAGGAAUGCAAGGUACAAGGGUCGCGAGGCCUUUUCCAAGACUUCCAAUGCGACCGUUGACCCUAGAGCUCUUGCUAUCUUUGAGCAUGCAUCAAAACUCGUCGGAAUCGAUGAACCCAAGGCUGAGUUAAUCAAAUUGUUAAUAGAUGAUGGGUUUGGCUCAACACAGCAACAACCAAAGAUAGUCUCCAUCGUUGGAUCCGGAGGAAUGGGCAAAACAACUCUUGCAAACCAAGUGUAUCAAGAGAUCAAAGGGCAGUUCGAGUGUCAGGCCUUCUUAUCCGUGUCGCGAAGCCCAAACAUGAUGAAUGUCUUGAGGACUAUUCUUAGUGAAGUUAGCGGUCAAGGUUAUUCUAACACGGAAGCAGGGAGUGAACAAAUACUUAUUAACAAGAUCAAUGACUUCCUACUAGAUAAAAGGUACAUGCUAUCUUUAUCUUUUCUUUCCGUUUCUACUUCUCAUCUUUGA